ACUUUCCACCAAAAAAAAAAAGAAAAAGAAAAAAGAAAACCAUGAUCUUUGUACAUGAAUGAGUAAUUUUGUUUUUAAUUGUAUUGGACUAGUAUAAUUUUCAUUCAAUUUCCAAACACCAAACAAGAACAAGAAGAACUUGUCAUCAAAAAAGAAAGAGAAAUUGCUUUCUAAACCCUAAUCAGAAGUCAAGUAUUCAGAACUCAGAGAAAUUGAGAGUUGAAAUAUGAACAACAAUAACAGCGAGAUUGUUGUGGAAACCAAAAGAAUCAGAACCGGAACUUCUGAAAUCGGGAAACCGAUUAUAGCGUUGGUUUGCGGCACACUCGUUUACUAUCACUGCGCUUUCAAGAAUUCCGCUAUCGUCUCUCUUUUCUCCGAUGUCUUCAUUGUUCUACUCUGCUCCCUCGCCAUUCUCGGUCUUCUCUUCCGUCAAAUGACCAUUCAAGUUCCGGUGGAUCCUCUUGAGUGGCAAAUUUCUCAGGACACUGCUAAUACUAUUGUAGCUUCUUUGGCUAACACCGUCGGUGCCGCUGAGUCUGUAUUGAGAGUUGCCGCUACCGGCCAUGACAAAAGACUCUUUCUUAAGGUCAUUCUCUGCCUUUAUGCAUUAUCUGCUCUCGGAAGACUUGCUUUCGGUAUUACUAUUGCAUAUGCUGGACUAUGCUUGUUUUGUCUUUACAUGUUGGCGGAAUGCUCUGAAUCAAUCAGUUCAGGUCUAGCCUGGCUCUUGGGAAGAAGAAACGACCCUAGUGGAGAACAAGACACUAUCAUGUAACCUGUUCAUUUUUUUGUACAUGCAUUUUUUUCUUCCUAGUUAGAGUGAGGAUGUUGUUAUAUUGAAAUAAAGCUUGUGAAUAAUAUUGUGAAUAUAGCAAUCCAAAAAGAAAUGUCAAAGGUAAACUGCCAUUUUGAUAGCAACAGUACAGGAAUCCGUGGUCCUCUAAAGAUUGUUACAUUUUAGUAUAUAGUCAAUUGAAUGAUAUUUUUUCCCCA